GGGGCCGGCACCGCCCGCGGGGCAGCAGGGUGCGUUGCGCCGCGCGGUGUCUGAGGCGGCGGCUCCGCUCCGCGCCCGCCGCGCCCUCUCCCGCCGGUACCGGAGAUCCUCUUCCCCCAGCAGCAAGUGCCUGUGUGCCACAGGAGGUGGGGACACCUGCCCAGGAGGAAUUGAGGAAUCCCCCCGGAUCCAGGACGGUGGCCGAGACUGCUCUGCAGUAGGAAGGAUUCUCCUGUGCUGGGGCCCGGAGCCGAUGGCAGAGAAUGUCCACGACUAACAACAUAGCACAGGCCCGGAAGCUCGUGGAGCAGCUCCGCAUCGAGGCUGGGAUCGAGAGGAUCAAGGUCUCGAAAGCAUCCUCGGAGCUGAUGAAUUACUGUGAGCAGCAUGCCCGGAAUGAUCCGCUCCUGGUGGGAGUUCCCGCUUCCGAGAAUCCCUUUAAGGACAAAAAGCCCUGUAUCAUCCUAUAGCUCCGGAUCCCUCUGGAAGGGAAUCCUCCUCCAGCCUCUGGAUCCAGGCUCCUCCAUAGCUCCACCUGCACCCAGGGGGUAAAAAAAACCUCAACGCUGGCUUCAAAAGGAACUUAACAAAAAUUCCCGAGAAAAACAAACAAACAAACAAAAAAAAACCCCAAAAACCAACCCCAAAAACAAUCCAGAGGGGAAAAAAAUUAAAUAAAUAAAAAAUUGGGGAGCGGGGGUUUUAGGGAAGGGGCGGCUCCUUUGCCGGGAAGGAAGGUGGGAGAGGGGUUAAAAAUUGGGAGCAGGAUUUUAGGAGUUAUCAGGGUUGAGGGAGGAAAAGGGGGGGUGGGGAGGAGGGGGGGGGCGGUUUUCACCGGGAUAUUUGGAUUUGGAAAAGGGGUGGAGGUGGGGGAGGGGGUCAUUCCCAGUGGGAUGUGAGAGCUGGACCCAGCUCCGAGUGCUCUGAUCCACUCAAUCUCCAACCAGCAGGAAUUUCCUCUGGAGAAGGGACGAGGUGGGAGCGAUUUUGUAGAAAAUCAGCACCAAAAAAACCCUCCCCCCCCAAAAAAAAAUCAAAAACCCAACAAAAAAUCCCCCCAAAAAUCCCUGUUGGGAAUGGGCAAAGGGAGACUGGGGGGGGCUUUUCCCUGAAUCCCACGGCUCCGCUGGGAUCAGGGGAUGGCCCUGCGGGGAAACUCUCAGCCGGGAGAGAUCCCAGGAGGAAUUUUAGGGAGCUCCAGGGAUGGGGGAAGCCGGGAUCCAGCCCCCCCCCCGGUCACUCUGGGGUGGGCUCUCUGUGCUGUCCCCAAUUUUGGGGAGGGAAGGGGCUUCCAGGUGCAUCCAAAAUCUUGG